AUGACAGACAGUAACCUAAGUGAACGCAAUCAUAGCAGAGUGGUCUGUCAUAGAGAUAUAGCUAUAUGUUUUCACUUCUAUUGCUAUGGGUCUGUCAUUUUGUAAUGUCAAUUUAACUUUAAUCUCCAACACUUAGAUACAAGAGUUUGGAGAUCCUUCGCACCAUGUGCCAGAUAAUGUAAUCUCCCCUUAUUAAACUGAGAAGUGGUCAGUAUGGUGAGAGGGGUCACAUGGUCACAGUCCUAAUGCUCAAGGUGAAGGCCACUGUCCUGUCAAUCAGGCCGUGUAGGAAACAGAGACAGAGACACGAUGUGUUGAAAGUCACGGCCAUGUCCAUUACUAAAUGGAAAAACAUUGAAUGAAACAGGGACGGAAACACCCAUUUUAGUUUUUAGUUUUAAAGAAUUUUGCUACAGUGCCCCCUACUGGACACCACCUGGGUUUCACUGUAUCCUCAUGUGACGGUCACAUGCUCUAGUCCAGCGCAUUAAUGCCUGUCAAAUGGAAUACAGUCAGUUACUCAGCUUAAGACCUCUGCCUUAGCAGUGAGUGACUGAUCCCAGUGCAACUAGGCUUACCUUUGUGUGAAGUCCUGUGUCUAAAUAAAGGAUUACUCUGACCCUUGAGGGGGAAAUUAUAGCAUACUUUUAAUUUUCACAUUAACAGUAAAGUUUGUCCUGAGUAAGUGUCUUGUAAUGGAAUUAUUUGAUUUGACAAUUUCAAAACACAUACAAAUGUUACACCAGGCAGCAGAUACCAAAAUUGUGGAGGACACACACACAAAACAUUCAAGAGAUUUGUUUCCAUUGUGGUCCUCUAUAAGGCAAGGGCUGCAGGGAAAAAUCAAGUGUCAUGGGCACUCUGGUGUAGACUGAUUCAUUUGAUAAUUAUGCAAUCAUUGUUAGUAUGUGAUCCCAACGUAAACCUUGGGGUUGCUAGGUUUAUAAACCAGGACAGAAAUACCUGGGCCCUCAAGGAACUACACUGGACUUUGUGCAAACUGGAAACCACAUAUCCUGAGGCCGCAUUUAUUGUAGCUGGGGAAAACGCAAAUCUGAGGAAACCGCUACCGAAGUUCUAUCAACACAUUGCCUGUAGUACUCGCGUUUUCAAAAUCUCUCCACCAUUGUCACUCUCCCUUACAGGAUGCCUACAAGGCCCUCCCCUGCCCUCCCUUCGGCAAAUCAGAUCACGACUCCAUUCUGCUCCUCCCUUCCUUUAGGCAGAAACUAAGAUCUAUUCAAUGCUGGUCUGACCAAUCGGAAUCCAUGCUUCAAGAUUGUUUUGAUCACGCGGACUUGGAUAUGUUCCUAGUUGCCUCUGAGAAUAACAUUGACGUAUACAGUGACACGGUGACUGAGUUCAUCAGGAAGUGUAUAGGGGAUGUUGUUCCCACUGUGACUAUUAAAACUUACCCAAACCAAAAACCAUGGAUAGAUGGCAGCAGUCGCGCAAAACUGAAAGUGCGAACCACCGCAUUUAACCACGGCAAGGUGACUGGGAAUAUGGUCAAAUACAAACAGUGUAGUUAUUCAAUGGCUCAGACACGAGACGUAUGUGGCAGGGACUCCAGACAAUCACGGGAAAACCAGCCACGUUGAGGACACCGACGUCUUGCUCCCGGACAAGAUAAACACCUUCUUCGCCCACUGUGAGGAUAACUGUGACGAGUACUGAGGAUACGAAGAGGCAGGACGCAGACGCAGGAAUCAACAAUAUAAAGGUUUAGUUAAGACUGAGCAAGUGCACAACAAAGAGCGAGUAGACGACAUGACGCUAACAAUCACACACAACACAACACUGAACAGUCCAGGGCUAUAUAGGGGUGGUGAUGAGAUGAUGAGGUGCAGGAGCGUUGGAGGUGAUUAGGGUGCGUUGGGUUUCCAUUCCGGUGUUGCCGAGGUGGUGCGCUCAGACCGGUGGCUCAGUAGACCGGCGAAUCAGAGCACCGGAGGGGAGCAACGGGAGGAGACGUGACAGUACCCCACCCCAGAUGCGUGGCUCCCGCCGCAGGACGUCGCCAGCCAGGAGGACGACCCCGAGGACGAGGAGCGGGCCUAUCAGGGUGGCGACGGUGGAAGUCCCAAAUUAGGUUGGGGUCCAGAACGUCCCCAGCCGGAACCCAGCUCCUCUCCUCAGGACCAUACCCCUCCCAGUCCACCAGGUAAUGGAGCCGUCCCCCACGGAACCUGGAGUCCAGCAGGUCCCUCACCGCAUACGCCGGACGGCUGUCAAUGUCCAGGGGCGGAGGGGUCGUACCCCAGGGGACGGCAUCCACCAGAGGACCAGGAACCACCGGCCUGAGGAGAGACACAUGAAAAGUGGGUGAGAUACGGUAGUGAGGGGGAAGGAGCAGCCAGUACGAUACCUCAUUUAUCCGUCGGAGGACCUUAAACGGCCCCACAAACCGGGGGCUCAGUUUCUUGCAGGGAAGGCGGAGAGGGAGGUUUUUAGUGGACAGCCAGACACGAUCACCAGGCUGUAAUACGGGGGCCUCACUGCGGUGGUGGUUGGCUUGGUCCUUUUGCCGACGAAUGGCCCUCUGGAGAUGGACAUGGGCAGCGUCCCAGACCUGUGGAACCCCUCGACGACAGCGGGCGCAUCGGUCUAGCUGGGAGUCCAAGGGGCCAGGGUCGGCUGGUACCCCAGGACGCACAGGAAGGGAGUGAGCCCUGUGGAGGAGUGAACGAGGGAGUUCUGGGCAUAUUCUGUCCAGGGAAGAAACCUCGCCCACUCGCCUUCCAGACUCGGGAGGUGAAUUGGGGGCCACGGUCCGAGACGAUGUCCUCCGGAAAUCUAUAAUGCCGGAAGACCUGUUGGAACAGGACCUUAGCGACCUGGAGAGCAGAAGGAAGACCAGUUAGUGGCAAAAAACGGCAUGAUUUGGAGAACCGAUCUACGACCACCAGGACUGUGGUGAAGCCGAUAAAACAUGGGAGGUCGGUGACAAAGUCUACGGACAGGUGUGACCAAGGUCGCUGAGGCACUGGGAGAGGUUCUAGUUUGCCUGCCGGGGCGUUCCGAGGUGUCUUCGUUUGGCCCCAUACGGAACAGGAGUUGAUAUAGCGGGAGACAUCAGUAGCCAAGGUGGGCCACAAGUAUUUUUGUGAGAGAGAAUGUAGGGUACGCGUAAUACCGGAGUGCCCUGCCGUAAGGGUGGUGUGCGCCUGGUUCAGCAGGCGGUCAUGGACCCUGGUGGGUACAUACACGCACCCCGGAGGGGCGUUGGCAGGCGCUGGGUCCUCCUGAGCCGCCGGGCGGAUGUCUUAGUCCACAUCCCAAACGACAGGUGCCACGAUGAGAGACGGGGGCAGGAUAGGACCCCCCAGAUCCUUCCUUUCUCCCGUAUGGUGCAUCUUGGAGAGUGCGUCGGCUUUCACAUUCUGGGAUCCUGGGCGGUAGGACAGAAUAAACUGAAAGCGAGUACGAAAUUGGGCCCACCUGGCUUGACGAGAGUUCAUCCGUUUCGCUGCCAGUUGUGCUCCAAAUUCCGGUGGUCAGUGAGAAUCCGGAAUGGAUGGACUGCACCCUCCAGCCAGUGUCUCCAUUCCUCCAGAGCGAGGACCACCACCAACAGCUCCCUGUCUCCAACUCCAUAGUUCCUCUCUGUGGGGGUAAGCUUUUUCGAGAAAAAGGCACAGGGAUACAUUUUUUAAUAAUAAUAUAAUAUAUAACAUUUUCUCUGGCUUACCUUGCCACUGGGAGAGUACCCCACCCACGCCCUCCUCAGAUGCGUCCACCUCCAGGAUGAAAGGACAAGCUGGAUCUGGGUGUUUUAGGAGGGGUGCUGUGGUGAACCUCUCCUUCAGCCUCUUGAAGGCAGCGUCAGCCUCAGGGUUCGAGGCCAGCUUCUGAGGCCCACCGUUAAGGAGAGAGCUGAAGGACCUGAUGAAACGCCGGUAGAAAUUUGUGAAGCCCAGGAAGCUCUGUAGGCCCUUGAUGGUGAUGGGGACUGGCCAUGACCUGACGACGUCCGUCUUCGCUCUUUCCAUGAACACCCCCUGGGGACUGAUCCUGUAUCCCUGGAAGGAGAUGGCCUGUUGGUGGAAGUCGCAUUUCUUCCCCUUCACCAACAGGCUGUGUUCCCGGAGGCGGAGUAGGACCGCUCUGACGUCCCUGACGUGCUCCUCGAACGUAGCCGAGUAGAUCAGGAUAUUGUCGAUGUACACCACCACCUGUCUACUCAGCAUGUCUCGGAACACGUCAUUGACUAAAGACUGGAACACGGAAGGUGCGUUGGCGAGGCCGUAGGGCAUGACGCAGUAUUCAUAGCGGCCUGAGGUAGUGCUGAAUGCCGUCUUCCACUCGUCUCCUUCCCGGAUUCGGAUCAGGUUGUAGGCACUCCUCAGGUCCAACUUGGUAAAUUACAGGGCCCCUCGCAGCUGCUUGAUGGCCGACGGAACCAGAGGGAGGGGGUACCGGUACUUGGUGGUGACUGCGUUCAGCCCCCGGUAGUCAAUGCACGGCAUCAGUCCUCCGUCUUUUUGGCCACGAAGAAGAAGCUGGUGAAGGCAGGAGAGGUAGAGCGUCUGAUGAACCCCUGUUUCAGGGUCUCUGCCACAUACUUCUCCAUGGCCUCAGUCUCCCGCUAUGGAGAGGGAGUAAAUGCGACUCUUCGGGGGGUGUUGUCCCUCCAGCAGGUCAAUGGCGCAGUCCCAGGGCCUGUGAGGAGGGAGACACUUAGCCUUGGAGGCAGAGAAGACAUCGGAGAGAUCUGCGUACUCACGUGGAAUGUUGGGCAGGAAGGCGGACUCUGGACUCUCCACUGACGUGGAACAACAAACCACCGGCAGGCAGGUCCUCCGGCAUGAGGGGGACCAGGCUGUGAUCCUCUUGGUGAUCCAAUUGAUGGUGGGGUUGUGUAGUCUGAGCCAGGGCAAUCCCAAGACGAUCCGGUGAAGGGGUGACGUGACGAUGUGGAAGGACAGCUUCUCGUGGUGCUCCGGUAGUGUGGGAAUGGUGAUGGUGAUGGGAAGAGUGACGUGCGUAAUGGUGCCUGAUCCAAGUGGUUUAUUGUCCAGCGAGGUGACGUGUAGCGGAGAAGGCAGUGGCACGCUGGGCAACCCCCAUUCAGAGACCAGCUCCCUAUCUAUAAGGUUUCCCGCUGAUCCGGAAUCUAUCUUUGCUGUGGAAAUCGAAGAGAAGGAAGAACCAUUCACUGUUAAGGGAACUAAAAACAAUGGUUUGGUGACAGGUGAUGACGGAACACUCAUGGAGUGGCGACAGGAGUCAUACCGCCUAGAUAGGGAGCCACCAGGAGAUCUGUGGUCCAUGGGGGUGUAGGGGGUGCUGUCCACCUCCAUGGGUGAGGCAGGGCGGCUUCCAUAGCUCAGAUGGGGUGAGCGUCGAGGCUCCGGGAGGUGUGGGGAACGCCGUCGGUCUCUCAACAUGUCGUCAAGACGAAUGGAUGUGGCGAUGAGGGUAUCAAGGUCCAUCUUGUUGUCCUGACAUGCGAGUUUCAUUGUGAUGUCCUCCCGUAAGCCUCUCCUGAAGGCCGUGCGCAGAGCACGCUCAUUCCAGCUGGAAGACGCCGCCACCGUGCGAAAGCUCAGGGCGUACUCGAACGCGGCGUACUCGAACGCGGCCCCCUCUCCCUUUCCCUCCGUGGGAUGAUCGAAACACCGCCCUGAACCGAGCGAGGAAGGUGGAGCAGGGAAGCGCCGCGGCCUCACCUCCUUCCCAGACUUCCGUGGCCCAAUCCAGCGCCUUUCCAUUCAGUAGCAAAAUCACCAGUGCUAUCCUGGCUUGGUCCGAUGGAGAUCCCCCACGCUGACAUGCCAGAUACAGUGAAACCUGUAGCAGGAAGCCUCUACAUUUCGUCAUUAUCCCGUCAUAGCGCUCCGGCAGGGCGAGAGGUCUCUCAGACGUUGAUGAUAGCACGGGAGGAGGUGGACUGGGUGCACUCGCCGCUCCCUGAGGUGGAACCGGAGUGAUGGUCAGUUUAUGCAGCGUUUUGAGCACUUCCUGCAUGGCGGCGUUCAGCUGGGCAAUCUACUGCUGGUGCUGGUCGAGGUGCUGGGAAACUCCAGGAGGAUUACCUGCUGCAUCCAUCUUCGUGAUUGGUGUGUGAUUCUGUGACGAGUACUGCGUUGGGUAGACCGGCGAAUCAGAGCACCGUCCUCAAAGCAUGUGCAGACCAGCUGGCUAGUGGACAUAUUCAAUCUCACCCUAUCCCAGUCCGCUGUCCCCACGUGCUUCAAGAUGUCCACCAUUGUUCCUGUACCCAAGAAAGCAAAGGUAACUACAAAAUCAAUAAAAAUAAAAAAGAUAUUGUAAAGUGGUUGUCCCACUGGCUAUCAUAAGGUGAAUGCACCAAUUUGUAAGUCGCUCUGGAUAAGAGCGUCUGCUAAAUGACGUAAAUGUAAAUGUAAUGUAAUGUAACUGAACUAAACGACUAUCGCCCCGUGGCACUCAAUUCUGCCACCAUGAAGAGCUUUGAGAGGCUAGUUAAGGAUCCUAUCACCUCCACCUUACCUGACACCCUAGACCCAAUUCAAUUUGCAUACCGCACCAAUAGAUCCACAGACGAUGGAAUUGCCAUCGCACUGCACACUGCCUUAUCCCAUCUGGACUAGAGGAGUACCUACGUAAGAAUGCUGUUCAUUGACUACAGCUCAUCCUUCAACACCAUAGUGCCCUCCAAGCUCAUCAUUAAGCUCGGGGCCCUGGGUCGGAACCCCGCCCUGUGCAACUGGGUCCUGGACUUCCUGACGGGCCGCCCCCAGGUGGUGAAGGUAGGAAACAACACCUCCACUACACUGAUCCUCAACACAGGGGCCCCACAAGGGUGCGUGCUCAGCCUCCUCCUGUACUCCCUGUUCACCCAUGACUGUGUGGCAAUGCAUGCCUCCAACUCAAUCAUCAAGUUUGCAGACGACACAACAGUAGUAGGCCUGAUUACCAAGAAUGACGAGACAGCUUACAGGGAGGAGGUGAGGGCCCUGGUGGAGUGAUGCCAGGAAAAUAACCUCCUCCCUCAACGUCAACAAAACGAAGGAGCUGAUCGUGGACUUCAGGAGACAGCAGAGGGAGUAUGCCCCCAUCCACAUCAAUGGGACCGCCGUGGAGAAGGUAAAAAAGCUUAAAGUUUCAGAAAUACCUUAUUUACAUAAGUAUUCAGACCCUUUGCUAUGAGACUUGAAAUUGAGCUCAGGUGCAUCCUGUUUCCAUUGAUCAUCCUUGAGAUGUUUCUACAACUUGAUUGGAGUCCACCUGUGGUAAAUUAAAUUGAUUGGACAUGAUUUGGAAAGGCACACACCUGUCUAUGUAAGGUCCCACAGCUGACAGUGCAUGUCAGAGCAAAAACCAAGCCAUGAGGUCGAAGGAAUUGUCCGUAGAGCUCCGAGACAGGAUUGUGUCGAGGCACAGAUCUGGGGAAGGGUACCAAAAAAUGCUUGAAACAUUGAAGGUCCCCAAGAACCCGAUGGCCACUCUGACAGAGCUCCAGAGUUCCUCUGUAGAGAUGAGAGAACCUUCCAGAAGGACAACCAUGUAUACAGCACUCCACCAAUCAGGCCUUUAUGGUAGAGUGGUCAGACGGAAGCCACUCCUCAGUAAAAGGCACAAGACAGCCCGCUUGGAGUUUGCCAAAAGGCACCUAAAGAAUCUCAGACCAUGAGAAACAAGAUUCUCUGGUCUGAUGAAACCAAGAUUGAACUGGUUGGCCUGAAAACCUGCUCCAGAGCGCUCAGGACCUCAGACUGGGGCGAAGGUUCACCUUCCAACAGGACAAUGGCCCUAAGCACACAGCCAAGACAAUGCAAGAAUGGCUUCGGGACAAGUCCCUGAAUGUCCUUGAGUGGCCCAGCCAGAGCCGGGACUUGAACCCGAUCAUACAUCUCUGGAGAGACCUGAAAAUAGCUGUGCAGCGACACUCCCCAUCCAACCUGACAGAGCUUGAGAGGAUCUGCAGAGAAGAAUGGGAGAAACUCCCCAAAUACAGGUGUGCCAAGUUUGUAGCGUCAUACCCAAGAAGACUCGAGGCUGUAAUCACUGCCAAAGGUGCUUUAACAAAGUACUGAGUAAAGGGUCUGAAUACUUAUGUAAAUGUGAUAUUUCCGUUUUUUUCUAUUUUUAUACAUUUGCAAAAAUGUAUAAACACCUGUUUUUGCUUUGUCAUUAUGGGGUAUUGUGUGUAGAUUGAUGAGGGGAAAAAAACAAUUUAAUCAAUUUUAGAAUAAGGCUGUAACGUAACACAAUUAGGAAAAAGUCAAGGGGUCUGAAUACUUUCCGAAUGCAUUGUAUAUAUACAGUACCAGUCAAAAGACACACCUACUCAUUCCAGGGUUUUUCUUUAUUUUUUACUAUUUUCUACAUUGUAGAAUAAUAUUGAAGACAUCAAAACUAUGAAAUAACACAUAUGGAAUCAUGCAGUAACCAAAAAAGUGUUAAUCAAAUCAAAAUAUAUGUUAUAUUUGAGAUUCUUCAAAGUAGCCACCCUUUACCUUGAUGAGAGCUUUGCACAUUCUUGGCAUUCACUCAACCAGCUUCAUGAGGAAUGCUUUUCAAACAGUCUUGAAGGAGUUCCCACAUAUGCUGAGCACUUGUUGGCUGCUUUUCCUUCACUCUGCAGUCCAACUCAUCCCAAACCAUCUCAAUUGGGUUGAGCUCGGAUGAUUGUGGAGGCCAGCUCAUCAGAUGCAGCACUCCAUCACUCUCCUUCUUUGUCAAAUAGCCCUUACACAGCCUGGAGGUGUGUUUUGGGUCAUUGUCCGGUUGAAAAACAAAUAAUAGUCCCACUAAGCGCAAACCAGAUGGGAUGGCGUAUCGCUGCAGAAUGCUGUGGUAGCCAUGCUGGUUAAGUGUGUCUUGAAUUCUAAAUAAAUCACUGACAGUGUCACCAGCAACACACCCCCACACCAUCACACCUCCUCCUCCAUGCUUCACGGUGGGAACUACACAUGCGGAGAUCAUCCGUUCACCUACUCUGCGUCUCACAAAGACACGGCGGUUGGAACCAAAAAUCUCACAUUUGGACUCCAGACCAAUGGACACAUUUCCAGUGGUCUAAUGUCCAUUGCUUGUUUUUCUUGGCCCAAGCAAGUCUCUUCUUCUUAUUGGUGUCCUUUAGUAGUGGUUUCUUUGCAGCAAAACGACCAUGAAGGCCUGAUUCACGCAUUCUCCUCUGAACAGAUGAUGUUGAGAUGUGUCUGUUACUUGACCUCUGGGCUGCAAUCUGAGGUGCAGUUAACUCUAAUGAACUUAUCCUCUGCAGCAGAAGUAACUCUGGGUCUUCCUUUCCUGUGGCGGUCCUCAUGAAAGCCAGUUUCAUCAUAGUGCUUGAUGGUUUUUGCGACUGCACUUGAAGAAACUUUCAAAGUUCUUGAAAUGUUCCGGAUUGACUGACCUUCAUGUCUUAAAGUAAUGAUGGACUGUCGUUUCUCUUUGCUUAUUUGAGCUGUUCUUGCCAUAAUAUGGACUUGGUCUUUUACCAAAUAGGGCUAUCUUCUGUAUACCACCCCUACCUUGUCACAACACAACUGAUUGGCUCAAACGCAUUAAGGAGGAAAGAAAUUCCACAAAUGAAUUGAAAUGCAUUCCAGGUGACUACCUCAUGAAGCUGGUUGAGAGAAUGCCAAGAGUGUGCAAAGCUGUCAUCAAGGCAAAGGGUGGCUACUUUGAAGAAUCUCAAAUAUAAAAUAUAUUUUGAUUUGUUACUACAUGAUUCCAUAUGUGUUUUUCCAUCGUUGUGAUGUCUUCACUAUUAUUCUACAAAGUAGAAAAUAGUAAUAAUAAAGAAAAACCUUGGAAUGAGUAGGUGUGUCCAUACUUUUGACUGGUACUGUAUAUAUACACACACACACACACACAUUUAUAUAUAUAUAUAUAUAUAUAUAUAUAUAUAUAUAUAUAUAUAUAUACAUACAUACAAAUAUAUAUACAUAUAUAUAGACUCUGACAUUGCUCGUCCUAAUAUUGAUAUAUUUCUUAAUUCCAUUCUUUUUCCUUUUAGAUCUGUGUUGGUGUGAAUUGUUAGACAUUACUGGAGCUACAGUGGGAACACAAGCAAUAACAUCUGCUAAAUAUGUCUGUGGGACCAAUACAUUUAGAUUUCAUUUGAAUAAAAUGUGUUUUGAUUUGAUUUAAACUAGGCCAAUGGGCACUAGGUCACUGAACUUUUGUUCUGAAAAGUCACUGAAAACCUUUUGAUCACUGUUUGAUCAAGCCCACCUGUGGCAGUAGCUCUGCUUGACCAGUGGACUAUGGACAGACUUAUCUCAUGGUGCAUGGUGCAAUGACCACUGAAACCCUCAGUCCCUCUCUGUCCCAGUCAUGGGGGAGGGUUUUUAACUCCAAAUGUGGAUGUUAUUUCUAUCCAUUUCUAUUCUACAAGGGCUAGGCCUUGCUACAGGGGCUACAGCAAUAACUUGUCACGUCCGUUGUGUAAAGGAUCGGACCAAGGUGCAGCGUGGUUUGCGUACAUAGUCGUUUAUUCUAAUAAAACACAGACAAAAUAACAAAAUCCAACAGAACGUGAAGUUCAAGAGGCUACACAUACAACAAGCCAAACAGUAAUAGAAACAAGAUCCCGCAACUAAAGGUAGGCAAAAUGGCUGCCUAAGUAUGAUCCCCAAUCAGAGACAACGAUCGACAGCUGCCUCUGAUUGGGAACCACACCCGGCCAACAUAGAAAUAGAUAAACUAGAUAUGUCAACAUUCACACCCUGACCAAACUAACUGGAGAAUAACAGGUUCUCAAGGUCAGGACGUGACAUAACUGGAGAAGGGGGUACAGUAAUAACUGUGGAGAAGGGUAACACUAAUAACUGUGGAGAAGGGGGUACAGUAAUAACUGUGGAGAAGGGGGUACACUAAUAACUGGAGAAGGGUGUACACUAAUAACUGUGGAGAAGGGGGUAUAGUAAUAACUGUGGAGAAGGGGGUACACUAAUAACUGUGGAGAAGGGGGUAUAGUAAUAACUGUGGAGAAGGGUAACACUAAUAACUGGAGAAGGGGGUACAGUAAUAACUGUGGAGAAGGGGGUACAGUAAUAACUGUGGAGAAGGGUAACACUAAUAACUGUGGAGAAGGGGGUAUAGUAAUAACUGUGGAGAAGGGGGUAUAGUAAUAACUGUGGAGAAGGGUGUACACUAAUAACUGUGGAGAAGGGGUAUAGUAAUAACUGUGGAGAAGGGGGUACAGUAAUAACUGUGGAGAAGGGUGUACACUAAUAACUGUGGAGAAAGGUAACACUAAUAACUGUGGAGAAGGGGGUAUAGUAAUAACUGUGGAGAAGGGGGUAUAGUAAUAACUGUGGAGAAGGGGGUACACUAAUAACUGUGGAGAAGGGUGUACACUAAUAACUGUGGAGAAGGGGGUAUAGUAAUAACUGUGGAGAAGGGGGUACAGUAAUAACUGUGGAGAAGGGUGUACACUAAUAACUGUGGAGAAGGGUAACACUAAUAACUGUGGAGAAGGGGGUACAGUAAUAACUGUGGAGAAGGGGGUUAUAGUAAUAACUGUGGGAGAGGGUGUACACUAAUAACUGUGGAGAAGGGGGUAUAUGUAAUAACUGUGGAGAAGGGUAACACUAAUAACUGUGGAGAAGGUUGAGGGGUAGAUAACUGUGGAGAAGGGUAACACUAAUACUGUGAGAAGGGUAAUAAACUGUGGAGAAGGGGGUAAGUAAUAACUGUGGAGAAGGGUACACUAAUAACUGUGGAGAAGGGGUAUAGUAAUAACUGUGGAGAAGGGGGUAAGUAAUAACUGUGGAGAAGGGUGUACACUAAUACGUGGGAAGGUACACUAUACUGUGGAGAAGGGGGUAUAGUAAUAACUGUGGAGAAGGGGGUACAGUAAUAACUGUGGAGAAGGGGUACACUAAUAACUGUGGAGAAGGGUUACACUAAUAACUGUGGAGAAGGGGGUAUAGUAAUAACUGUGGAGAAGGGGGUAUAGUAAUAACUGUGGAGAAGGGGUACACUAAUAACUGUGGAGAAGGGUAACACUAAUAACUGUGGAGAAGGGGGUAUAGUAAUAACUGUGGAGAAGGGGGUACAGUAAUAACUGUGGAGAAGGGUGUACACUAAUAACUGUGGAGAAGGGAACGUAUAGUAAUAACUGUGGAGAAGGGUAACCUAUAUGUGGAAGGGGGUACAGUAAUAACUGUGGAGAAGGGGGUAUAGUAAUAACUGUGGAGAAGGGUGUACACUAAUAACUGUGGAGAAGGGGGUAUAGUAAUAACUGUGGAGAAGGGGUAACACUAAUAACUGUGGAGAAGAGGUAACACUAAUAACUGUGGAGAAGGGGGUAUAGUAAUAACUGUGGAGAAGAUACGGAGAAUGGUACACUAAUAACUGUGGAGAAGGGGGUAUAGUAAUAACUGUGGAAGGAUAAUUGGGAGGGUACACUAAUAACUGUGGAGAAAGGUAACACUAAUAACUGUGGAGAAGGGGGUAUAGUAAUAACUGUGGAGAAGGAUAACUGUGGAGAAGGGUAACACUAAUAACUGUGGAGAAGGGGGUAUAGUAAUAACUGUGGAGAAGGAUAACUGUGGAGAAGGGUAACACUAAUAACUGUGGAGAAAGGUAACACUAAUAAAUGUGGAGAAGGGGGUAUAGUAAUAACUGUGGAGAAGGAUAACUGUGGAGAAGGGUUACACUAAUAACUGUGGAGAAGGGUGUACAUAAUAACUGUGGAGAAGGGGGUUGUAUAUGGAAGGUGUACACAUAACUGUGGAGAAGGUACUAUACUGUGGAGAAGGGUAACACUAAUAACUGUGGAGAAGGUAACACUAAUAAAUGUGGAGAAGGGGGUAUAGUAAAACUGUGGAGAAGGGGUACAGUAAUAACUGGAGAAGGGUGUACACUAAUAACUGUGGAGAAGGGUGUACAGUAAUAACUGUGGAGAAGGGGGUACACUAAUAACUGUGGAGAAGGGUGUACACUAAUAACUGUGGAGAAGGGUGUACACUAAUAACUGUGGAGAAGGGUAACACUAAUAACUGUGGAGAAGGGUAACACUAAUAACGGUGGAGAAGGGUAUACAGUAAUAACUGUGGAGAAGGGGUACAGUAAUAACUGUGGAGAAGGGGUACAGUAAUAACUGUGGAGAAGGGUGUACAUAAUAACGUGGAGAAGGUGUACACUAAUAACUGUGGAGAAGGGUGUAAUAAUAACUGGAGAAGGGUGUAACACUAAUAACUGUGAGAAGGGGUACAGUAAACUGUGGAGAAGGGGUAACAUAAUAACUGUGGAGAAGGGGGUACACUAAUAACUGUGGAGAAGGGUGUACAGUAAUAACUGUGGAGAAGGGGGUACAGUAAUAACUGUGGAGAAGGGUGUACACUAAUAACUGUGGAGAAAGGUAACACUAAUAACUGUGGAGAAGGGGGUAUAGUAAUAACUGUGGAGAAGGGUAACACUAAUAACUGUGGAGAAGGGGGUAUAGUAAUAACUGUGGAGAAGGGUAACACUAAUAACUGUGGAGAAGGGGGUACAGUAAUAACUGUGGAGAAGGGUGUACACUAAUAACUGUGGAGAAGGGGUACAGUAAUAACUGUGGAGAAGGGUGUACACUAAUAACUGUGGAGAAGGGUGUACAGUAAUAACUGUGGAGAAGGUGGUAUAGUAAUAACGAGCUGUGAGAAGGGUAACACCAAUAACUGUGGAGAAGGGGUACAUUAAUAACUGUGGAGAAGGGUAACACUAAUAACUGUGGAGAAGGGGUACAUAAUAACUGUGGAGAAGGGUGUACAUAAUAACUGUGGAGAAGGGGUACAGUAAUAACUGGAGAAGGGGUACACUAAUAACUGUGGAGAAGGGGUACAGUAAUAACUGUGGAGAAGUGUGUAUAGUAAUAACUGGAGAAGGGUGUACACAAUAACUGUGGAGAAGGGUGUACACUAAUAACUGUGGAGAAGGGUAACACUAAUAACUGUGGAGAAGGGUAACACUAAUAACGUGGAGAAGGGGUACAGUAAUAACUGUGGAGAAGGGUACAGUAAUAACUGUGGAGAAGGGGUACACUAAUAACUGUGGAGAAGGGUGUACAGUAAUAACUGGGAGAAGGGGGUACAGUAAUAACUGUGGAGAAGGGUUGUAACUAAUAACUGUGGAGAAAGGUAACAACUAAUAACUUUGGAGAAGGGGUGUUAUAGUCAUUAACCUGGGGAAGAAGGAUAACUGUGGAGAAGGGUAACACCUAAUAACUGUUGGAGAAGGGGGUACAGAAUAACUGUGGGAGAAGGGUAACACUAAUAACUGUGGGAGAGGGGGUACAGUAAUAAACUGUGGAGAAAGGGUGUACACUAAUAACUGUGGAGAAGGGUGUACAGUAAUAACUGGAGAAGGGUGUACACUAAUAACUGUGGAGAAGGGUGUACAGUAAUAACUGUGGAGAAGUGUGUAUAGUAAUAACUGGAGAAGGGUGUACACCAAUAACUGUGGAGAAGGGUGUACACUAAUAACUGUGGAGAAGGGUAACACUAAUAACUGUGGAGAAGGGUAACACUAAUAACGGUGGAGAAGGGAAUACAGUAAUAACUGUGGAGAAGGGGGUAGAGUAAUAACUGGAGAAGGGUGUACACUAAUAACUGUGGAGAAGGGUGUACAGUAAUAACUGGAGAAGGGUGUACACUAAUAACUGUAGAGAAGGGUGUACACUAAUAACUGGAGAAGGGUGUACACAAUAACUGUGGAGAAGGUGUACAUAAUAACUGUGGAGAAGGGUACACUAAUAACUGUGGAGAAGGUGUACACUAAUAACGUGGGAAAGGGAUACAGUAAUAACUGUGGAGAAGGGGUACAGUAAUAACUGGGAGAAGGGGUACACUAAUAACUGUGGAGAAGGGGUACAGUAAUAACUGGAGAAGGGUGUACACUAAUCAACUGUAGAGGUUUGUCACUAUAACUGAAAUAAACUAGAUUCUUGGAGAGGGUGACAGGAAUACUGGGAGAUGCAGGACGAAAAACAAAGCUCAUUAUAACGUGCAAGGCUUACAGUAAUAACUGCGCAGAGGGAUAUCUUUCCUGUGACAAUCCGCUGGUCAAUCAGUAAUACUCACGUCCGCCUGUACAGCACAACUAACUGGAGACGGUGACAGCGUCUGUGAGAAGGUGGUCCUCAUACUGCAGCUAUGCUCCAGGACCGCUUUGCUAAACGCUGACUGGAAUAUGUUCCGGGACUCCGCCGACGAAGGUUCACUGCUUCCCCAAUCAAAAGCCCUGGAUUAAAAACACAGAGGUUGGCACUAAACUAAAGGACAGUGCUACCGCACACAGGGAUACCGUAGCCAACCCUGCUACGGCUGAGUACGCAAACAAGUAAAAUAAGUCCUGCUACGACCUCUGCGGAGCCAUCAAACAAGCAAAAGGACAAUAUAGGAACAAGGUGCAAUCCUAUUACACAGGCUCGGAUACCUACAUGUGGCAGGGGCUAUAGUCCGUUACGGAUUACAAACAGCAUUCUGCCCAACGAUGCCUCCCUACCAGAUGAACUCAGUGGAUUUUAUGCAGGCCUCGAUAAAAACAACACCGAGCCAUGCAUGGGGGGUCCUCGCUGACCCAGGGGACUCUGUGAUCUCGCUCUCCGAGGCUGACGUGAGCAGGUAUAUUCACUCUCCUUGUCCCAGUCUGUAAUGCCCACGUCUCAAGCUGACCGCCCUGUAGCACUGACAUCUGUAAUCGUGAAGCGCUUUGAAAGGCUGGUUAUGGCACACAUCAACUCCUUCAUCCCGGACACUCUAGGCCCACUCCAAUUUGCAUACCGCCCAAACAGAUCCAUAGAUGACACAAUCUUAAUUGCACUCCACACUGCCUUCACCCGCCUAGAUAAGAGGAACACCUAGAAUGCAUUCCGAAAGUAUUCAGACCCCUUGACUUUUUCCACAUUUUGUUACGUUACAGACUUAUUCUAAAAUUGAUUAAAUAGUUUUUUCCCCUCAUCAAUCUACGCACAAUACCCCGUAAUGACAAAGCAAAAACAGGUUUUUAUAAAUGCUGGCAAAUGUAUAAAAGAGACAAAUUUAAAUAUCACAUUUACAUAAGUAUUCAGACCCUUUACUCAGUACAUUGUUGAAGCACCUUUGGCAGCGAUUACAGCCUCGAGUCUUCAUGGGUAUGACGCUACAAGCUUGGCACACCUGUAUUUGGGGAGUUUCUCCCAUUCUUCUCUGCAGAUCCUCUCAAGCUCUGUCAGGUUGGAUGGGGAGCGUCACUGCAGAGCUAUUUUCAGGUCUAUCCAGAGAUGUUAGAUCGAGUUCAAGUCCGGGCUCUGGCUGGGCCACUCAAGGACAUUCAGAGACUUGUCCCGAAGCCACUCCUGCGUUGUCUUGGCUGUGUGCUUCCUGUUGGAAGGUGAAUCUUCACCCCAGUCUGAGGUCCUGAGCGCUCUGGAGCAGGUUUUCAUCAAGGAUCUCUCUGUACAUUGCUCCGUUCAUCUUUCCCUCGAUCCUGACUAGUCUCCCAGUCCCUGCAGCUGAAAAACAUCCCCACAGCAUGAUGCUGCCACCACCAUGCUUCCCCAUAGGGAUGGUGCCAGGUUUACUCCAGAUGUGAAGCUUGGCAUUCAGGCAAAAUAGUUCAAUAUUGGUUUUCAGACCAAAGAAUCUUGUUUCUCAUGGUCUGGGAGUCCUUUAGGUGACUUUUGGCCAACUCCAAGCGGGCUGUCAUGUGCCUUUUACUGAGGAGUGGCUUCAAUCUGGCCACUCUACCAUAAAGGCCUGAUUGGUGGAGUGCUGCAGAGAUGGUUGGUCUUCUGUAAGGUUCUCCCAUCUCCACAUAGGAACUCUGGAGCUCUGUCAGAGUGACCAUUGGGUUCUUGGUCACCUCCCUGACCAAGGCCCUUCUCCCCCUGAUUGCUCAGUUUGUCCGUGCGGCCAGCUCUAGGAAGAGUCUUGGUGGUUACAAACUUCUUCCAUUUAAGAAUGAUGGAGGCCACUGUGUUCUUGGGGACCUUCAAUGCUGCAGACAUUUUUUGGUACCCUUCUCCAGAUCUGUGCCUCGACACAAUCCUGUCUCGGAGCUCUACGGACAAUUUCUUCGACCUCAUGGCUUGGUUUUUGCUCUGACAACUGUAGGACCUUAUAUAGAAAGGUGUGUGCCUUUCCAAAUCAUGUCCAAUCAAUUGAAUUUACCACAGGUGGACUCCAAUCAAGUUGUAGAAACAUCUCAAGGAUGAUCAAUGGAAACAGGAUGCACCUGAGCUCAAUUUCGAGUCUCAUACCAAAGGGUCUGAAUACUUAUGUAACCUUAUGUAAGGUUUUUCUGUUUUUAAUUUUUUUUAAACCUGUUUUCACUUUGUCAUUAUGGGAUAUUGUUUGUAGAUUGAUGAGGAAAAAAAUGUAAUCCAUUUUAGAAUAAGGCCGUAACGUAACAAAAUGUGGAAAAAGGGAAGGGAUCUGAAUACUUUCCGAAUUCACUGUAUAAAUAUAAACGCAACAUGCUACAACUUCUAAGAUUGUACUGAGUUAGAGUUCAUAUAAGGAAAUCAAUUCAUUAGGCCCUAAUCUAUUGAUUUCACAUGACUGGGAAUAGAGAUACGCAUCUGUUGGUCAGAGAUACCUCGGUUGGUCAGAGAUACCUCGGUUGGUCAGAGAUACCUCGGUUGGUCAGAGAUACCUCGGUUGGUCAGAGAUACCUCGGUUGGUCAGAGAUACCUCGGUUGGUCAGAGAUACCUCGGUUGGUCAGAGAUACCUCGGUUGGUCAGAGAUACCUCGGUUGGUCAGAGAUACCUUAAAAAGGGCAUCCCGAGUGGCGCCGUGGUCUAGAGAUCCUGGUUCCAGUCCGGGCUCUGUUGCACGCGACCGGGGGACCCACGGGGCCGUCUCCGGCAUGGGGGUUACAUGUGUGCUGGUGUUGGCAGUGUUUUAGUUUUUAUAUAUUUUACAUUUUUUAGGGGGUAGAUCAGCUUUAAUAUUGCAAUGUAAUUGUCUGCAUCACUUCCAAUCCCCCAUAUGUUUUUUUUCUCUCGCAAAUAUAUAUACAUAUACAUACACAUACAGUUGAAGUCGGAAGUUUACAUACACGUAGGUUGGAGUCAUUAAAACUCGUUAACAAACUACAGUUUUGGCAAGUUGGUUAGGACAUCUACUUAGUAAUUUUUUCAACAAUUGUUUACAGACAGUUUAUUUCACUUAUAAUUGACUGUAUCACAAUUCCAGUUGGUCAGAAGUUUACAUACACUAAGUUGACUGUGCCUUUAAACAGCUUGGAAAAUUCCAGGAAAUGAUGUCAUGGCUUUAGAAGCUUCUGAUAGGCUAAUUGACAUCAUUUGAGUCAAUUGGAGGUGUACUUAUGGAUGUAUUUCAAGGCCUACCUUCAAACUCAGUGCCUCUUUGCUUGACAUCAUGGGAAAAUCAAAAGAAAUCAUCCAAGACCUCAGAAAAAAAAUUGUAGACCUCCACAAGUCUGGUUCAUUCUUGGGAGCAAUUUCCAAACGCCUGAAGGUACCACGUUCAUCUGUACAAACAAUAGUACGCAAGUAUAAACACCAUGGGACCACGCAGCCUUCAUACCGCUCAGGAAGGAGACACGUUCUGUCUCCUAGAGAUGAACGUACUUUGGUGCGAAAAGUGCAAAUUAAUCCCAGAACAACAGCAAAGGACCUUGUGAAGAUGCUGGAGGAAACCGGUACAAAAGGAUCUAUAUCCACAGUAAAACAAGUCCUAUAUCGACAUAACCUGAAAGGCCGCUCAGCAAGGAAGAAGCCACUGCUCCAAAAACCGCCAUAAAAAAGCCAGACUACGGUUUGCAACUGCACAUGGGGACAAAGAUCGUACUUUUAGGAGAAAUGUCCUCUGGUCUGAUGAAACAAAAAUAUAACUGUUUGGCCAUAAUGACCAUCGUUAUGUUUGGAGGAAAAAGGCGGACCUUGCAAGCCGAAGAACACCAUCCUAACCGUGAAGCAUGGGGGUGGCAGCAUCAUGCUGUGGGGGUGCUUUGCUGCAGGAGGGACUGGUGCACUUCACAAAAUAGAUGGCAUCAUGAGGAAGGAAAAUUAUGUGGAUAUAUUGAAGCAACAUCUCAAGACAUCAGUCAGGAAGUUAAAGCUUGGUCGCAAAUGGGUCUUCCAAAUGGACAAUGACCCCUAGCAUACUUCCAAAGUUGUGGCAAAAUGGCUUAAGGACAACAAAGUCAAGGUAUUGGAGUGGCCAUCACAAAGCCCUGACCUCAAUCCUAUAGAAAAUGUGUGGGUGUGACGAGGUGUGAAAGAAGGAGUCAGGCGCAGGAGGUAAAACACAGAAGUCCAGAGUUUAUUCCGUUUGCAUAAAUCAAACGCCCCAAGCGUCAAACGAAACUGUACAAGGGAAAACAUCCACCUUGGCAAUAACACAGUGAAAUGUAGAUCAACCGAGCUACACGCUCUCACAACAAAACAAUCACUCACAAAGACAAGGGGAACAGAGGGAACACUUAUACACAUACUAAUUAGGGGAAUGAGCCCAGGUGUGUGUGAUUGACAAGACAUGACAAGUGGAGUGAUGAGAAUGGGAUCGGCAGUAGCUAGUACUCCGGUGACGACAAACGCCGAAGCCUGCCCGAACCAGGAGGGGGGGCAGCCUCGGCGGAAGUCGUGACAGUGGGCAGAACUGAAAAGCGUGUGCGAACAAGGAGGCCUAGAAACCUGACUCAGUUACACCAGCUCUGUCAGGAGGAAUGGGCCAAAAUUCCCCAACUUAUUGUGGGAAGCUUGUGGAAUGUUACCCGAAACGUUUGACCCAAGUUAAACAAUUUAAAGGCAAUGCUACCAAAUACUAAUUGAGUCUAUGUAACCUUCUGACCCACUGGGAAUGUGAUGAAAUAAAUAAAAGCUGAAAUAAAUAAUUCUCUCUACUAUCAUUCUGACAUUUCACAUUAAUAAAAUACGUUCCACUGUUCAGACCAGCAUAAUACAAUUCUGAACCGGUAUCCCCCAAACUGUGAUCUUUCACAAAAGUUCUCAACCUACAGUAUAUACUUAUUAUGGACAUAGUAUGUUUUAUAUUAGUUAUUUUGUUGUUAUUAGUUUCACAAAGGUUCUGAACCCUUAUAUUCUCAGUGUUUCUACAGAUUGUAAAUUGAAAAUAAACAUUUUUGCUAAAAGUAUUAUUAUAUUAUUGAUCGAUUGACUAUGACUUUUCAGAUCACCCAGUAGUGCUAUCUGCAGGGUUAGCUUCAGCUAAAUAUUGCAAUCCUUCAGCCAUUCCUGGACCUGUGACCAAAAACAAUCUACAAAUGGACAGUACCAAAACAAAUGAUCUAAUGAUUCUGUCUCCUCGCAGCAAAAUCUGCAGAGCUGGGAAGAUUGUAUCCCCCAUAUAAAUAACAUUCUAUUGGUUGCAAGAAUUUUAUAUAAUAAUUUAAAUUGAAAAAUUCUAAGUUUUGAAUCUGGUGUCGUUUUGCGUAUCAGUUCAUAAACACUAUGCCAUGGAAUCGGUACGUCAAAGAUCUCUUCCCAGCUAUUUUGCAAUCUAUAUGGGACGGCUGACGAUCCUUUGGUCCUUAAAUGAAACUGAUAUACUUUUUUAUUUAUCACAGUUUUCCUUAACCAAUUAUGUUCUUUAAUGCAAGGCCGACAGACAAGUUCCUUACUUUCUCCUCCUUCCACUUUCCUCUUCCAUUUUUGCAGUAAGGCUGCAAUUAUUUGGUUGUAAUUUUGGGUAGAGCAGACAUUUCCAUUUGUUUUUGUUAGCUGCAUGUGCAACAUAACUCCACCAGUCCUACUGAUGAUAUCAUUUACAAAAGAUUAUACCUUUUUUAAACAUUUUAUCCCCAAAAAAUUAAUAUCAGUUCAUAAACCAUUUGCCAUGGAAUCGGUACUAAUAUAACUCAGCCAAACUCAGGCAAGAGACUGAACAUUUGACUUAUAUACACACUAGCUCCCAAGUACAGUGCCUUGCAAAAGUAUUCAUCCCCCUUGGUGUUUUUCCUAUUUUGUUGCAUUACAACCUGUAAUUUAAAUGGAUUUUUAUUUGGAUUUCAUGUAAUGGACAUACACAAAAUAGUCCAAACUGGUGAAGUGAAAUGAAAUGAACUUGUUUUAAAAAAAUUCACACAAAAAAGAACGUUAAAGUGUUGAGUGUAUAUGUAUUCACCCCCUUUGCUAUGAAGCUCCUAAAUAAGAUCUGGUGCAACCAAUUACCUUCAAAAGUCACAUAAUUAGUUCAAUAAAGUCCACCUGUGUGCAAUCUAAGUGUCACAUGAUCUCAGUAUAUAUACACCUGUUCUGAAAGGCCCCAGAGUCUGCAACACCACUAAGCAAGGGGCACCACCAAGCAAGCGGCACCAUGAAGUCCAAGGAGCUCUCCAAACAGGUCAGGGGCAAAGUUGUGGAGAAGUACAGAUCAGGGUUUUGUUAUAAAAAAAAUAUUCGAAACUUUGAUCAUCCCACGGAGCACCAUUAAAUCCAUUAUGAAAAAAUGGAAAGAAUAUGGCACCACAACAAACCUGCCAAGAGAGGGCCACCCACCAAAACUCACGGACCAGGCAAGGAGGGCAUUAAUCAGAGGCAACAAAGAGACCAAAAAUAACCCUGAAGGUGCUGCAAAGCUCCACAGCGGAGAUUGGAGUAUCUGUCCAUAGGACCACUUUAAGACGUACACUCCACAGAGCUGGGCUUUACGGAAGAGUGGCCAGAAAAAAAGCCAUUGCUUAAUGAAAAAAACAAGCAAACACGUUUGGUGUUCGCCAAAAGGCAUGUGGGAGACUCCCCAAACAUAUGGAAGAAGGUACUCUGGUCAAAUGAGACUAAAAUUGAGCCUUUUGGCCAUCAAGGAAAACGCUAUGUCUGGCGCAAACCCAACACUUCUCAUCACCCCGAGAACACCAUCCCCACAGUGAAGCAUGGUGGUGGCAGCAUCAUGCUGUGGGGAUGUUUUUCAUCGGCAGGGACUGGGAAACUGGUCAGAAUUGAAGGAAUGAUGGAUGGCGCUAAAUACAGGGAAAUUCUUGAGGGAAACCUGUUUCAGUCUUCCAGAGAUUUGAGACUGGGGUGGAGGUUCACCUUCCAGCAGGACAAUGACCCUAAGCAUACUGCUAAAGCAACACUCAAGUGGUUUAAGGGGAAACAGUUAAAUGUCUUGGAAAGCCCAGACCUCAAUCCAAUUGAGAAUCUGUGGUGACUUAAAGAUUGCUGUACACCAGCGGAACCCAUCCAACUUGAAGGAGCUGGAGCAGUUUUGCCUUGAAGAAUGGGCCAAAAUCCCAGUGGCUAGAUGUGCCAAGUUUAUAGAGACAUACCCCAAGAUACUUGCAGCUUUAAUUGCUGCAAAAGGUGGCUCUACAAAGUAUUGACUUUGGGGGGGGGGGGGGGGGGGGUGAAUAGUUAUGCACGUUCAAGUUUUCUGUUUUUUUGUCUUAUUUCUUGUUUGUUUCACAAUAAAACAUAUUUUGCAUCUUCAAAGUGGUAGGCAUGUUGUGUAAAUCAAAUGAUACAAAUCCCCAAAAAAUCAAUUUUAAUACUAGGUUGUAAGGCAACUGUGACGAGGUGAAAUGAAGGAGUCAGGUGCAGGAGGUCAAAUACCGAAGUCCAGAGUUUAAUGCGUUCACAUAUAUCAAACGCCCCAAGCAUCAAAAGGAACAAGCUCAAGGGAAACACAUCCACCUUGGUAUAAAUACAAUGUUGAGUUGCUCAACCGAGCUAACAUGCUCUCACAAUAAACAAUCACUCACAAAGACAAGGGGAACAGAGGGAACACUUAUACACAUACUAAUUAGGGGAAUGAGCACCAGGUGUGUGUGAUUGACAAGACAUGACAAGUGGAGUGAUGAGAAUGAGAUCGGCAGUAGCUAGUACUCCGGUGACGACGAACGCCGAAGCCUGCCCGAACAAGGAGGAGGGGCAGCCUCGUUGGACAUCGUAACAGCAAUAAAAUAGGAAAAAUGCCAAGGGGGGUGAAUACUUUCGCAAGCCACUGUAUAUACACAAAGGUAUGUGGACACCCCUUCAAAUUAGUGGAUUCGGGCUUCCGGUUGAGCAUGUGAAUGGAGAAGAAGCUCGUGGACGAGGCUCCUACUCAUUAGUUAAUUUUGCCACAUUUUUACUUUGCAUUCCACUUUCUUACAUAUCAGAUUUGAUUGUUGAGUUUGUAAGUUACCUUUUUGAUUCAAAUGUCACACGAUCUGAAGAGCAGAAGACCUGUAACUAAUGUUUCAACCCUGUUGGCAAACGUGAAUGGUAAUGGCGCCGACUCCAGUCCAACCGUUACGGAGUCUCAUGCGGUCACACUCCCCCACAGAUCUUCAGAACCUCCGUACGGUUCUGAUCUCGGAAAUUAAAGCUACCAUUGUCACUCAGCUCAAAACUGCCAUCGAUGCUGCUCUGGCCCCCCUUCUCCGCCGUCCUGGAUGGUGUCCGAGACGCUGCGGAUGAACAAGGCCGCCGACUUGACUGCUUUGAACAUGACCCGUGUGACCACAGUGACCGCAUAGUAGCCCUUGAGAAAACAGUCGCACGUCUGAGCUCCGAAAACCAAAAGCUGAUUGACAAGAACUGGAAUCCCGUUCUCGCCGUUGCAAUCUUCGGGUUGUUGGUAUACCAGAGAAACUUGGAGGGGACUAAGUUGAGUUCAUGUCAGACUUCUUUGCGGAGGUCCGGCCAACGUUCCAUCACCCCCGAAGCUGGACAGAGCCCACCGCAUUGGCCCCUCCCCAACGGGCGGAGACUCCAAGCAUAGAGUGUUUAUCGUCCAUUUUCACUACUUCCAGAGGGCAGAGGCCAAAUACACUUCUGCAGUCGAGUGUUGCCAAGAAGAGAGCAAAAUUCCUCGAUGUGAAAUGCAACCUUCAUGAGAAGAAAGUGAAAUUUCUCACUCCGUUUUCCCUGCUCGUCUCCACGUUGAACAUGCCGGGGGGGAAGCUAUAGUUCGACACCCGCGAGGACGCCCAGCGUUGGUUUGACAGUCACUUCUGAGCCAUAUCUUGGAUUUAUAAUGUUGCUUUUGCCAACAACUAGGAAAGUCCAGAAAAUGUGACAUUGAGUGACGCAGACCUUCAAGAACUUUACCAACUGUCUGUUACAGAGAUCCAGGAAGUAAAAUGCCCAGGUGCUGACAUGAUGACCAGCCAUGUGGAGGUGAUCUAUGAGAAGACUAGAACCAUGGAAGGUGACAUGCAAGCUGACAUGGAAGCUAUGGUUGAGGAUCUCUGCAGUCACUUCCCACAAGUGGACGAUGAUCAUUCUGCAGGUUUUGAAUAUUGUGAUGUGGCAAAUGCAGGGGUGGCGAAAAGAGAAGGUCUUGAUGUCCAUGGAAACGAUCAACAACGGGUUCAAAGCUGGAAUACAACCGGGAUUGACCCUACAGAGAGGAUGACGAGCAACCCUCAGGAACAUUUUUGA